UUGUCCUUUUUUUUUUAUUUGAUUCUUCUCUGGUUGAUUUGGUUGGUGUUUGUGAGUUUAUGCGGCAGGUGUUUGCGGACACACUUGUCUUGUUUUUUGCGGCAUGUCGGCUCUGAGGGAGGAGCGGUGUUACGGGUUGUCCAGCGGUAAAGUGAACGUGUCUGUUUUCUUCGUUAAACUCACUGACAGCGCCGCGCGAGCUAUUAGCUUCUUCCAAAACAACAAGGGCGGCUCUUCCAAUCCGACCAUCUGUUUCAGUGGAGAUCAAGGGAGAAUCACGAUCCCCUGCUCAGAGAGUAAAAAUGAAGUGAGGUCAUUCACCUUUGGUGUGACGAACGUUGCCAGUGACAACCCACAUGGAAGCUUUGACUGCUUCCAUCAUCUCAGCACUGGUGCUGCUGAGGAGCUGUCAUAUCUUGGGGUGAUUCAGAAGAAGAUGACGGUAAAAGCUACAGAUGACUCCUACGAUAAGGCUCGUCAGAGCAUGGCACAAGCUGAGGAAGAAACGCGUAGCCGAGGAGCUAUCGUCAUCAAAGAAGGGGGGCGCUAUCGAGGUAAGAAGGUGGUUGUUCGAGCCCCAGCCCCUGCACUAGCCAGCCUGGCCAGGCAUCAACGCUCCCUCCAGACCUUCCCACAGUCCAGCUACAGUAAGAAGGAGGCCAAAAUGUCCAAGUUGAAGAAGAGCCCUUGUGCCUCAAGUAGGAGGUGCACAGGCAGUGUGGGCGAGAGUCCACUCAGAGACAGAGUCGCCCACCUUCUGGCUCUGAGGCCGUACAAGAGGCCCGAGCUGAUCCUGAGGCUACAGAAAGAUGGAUUGACAGCAGCAGACAAAGACAUGCUGGACUCCGUUCUGCAUGAGGUUUGUCAGCUCAAUAGUAGAGACAACGUGUUUGUUCUGAAGGAUGCUCUGUAUAAGGAGGUUCAGAAGGACUGGCCUGGUUACACCUCAGGGGACCAACAGCUUCUGAAACGAAUCCUUGUCAGGAGACUGUUUCAGCCCCAUCAGAGCCUCCUCCUGGUCCCGGAGGCUCAGGUCAGCCCUCUGCGAGAUACACCCAACUCCUCCCCAGCACACAGCCACAAACAUUCCCUCUCAGAGAUGCACACAGACCCUCUGUUGAGUAAGAAACCUAGGAUUUCACACCUGUCUCGUAAAACAAGCGGUAGCAAGUCACGACUCCGGCCAUCUGAGCGCGUGUCCCAUAAAGAUGUCAGAGAAACAAGAGAAGAUGAUGUGAAAAAGAGCUCACUGGCCCCUCGAAAGCUUUUAGACUCCUUGUCAGCAGUCUCUCAGCAGGAAGCGGAGGAGGUAAACAGGUUGGCGCCGACUCCACCUGCUCCAGAAAAAUGUAAUGGUCAAAUGGACCGCUCUCAAAUCAUCAAUGACCUCCCUCGUUCCUCUUUGAAAGGCCCCAGUGUGGACAGACACACAUUCAAAAGGAAGAAGAGCAAACACAGAGACCAGAAGGAUCGGUGGAAAGAUCGCAAAGAGAAGAGAAAAGAUUGCAGUUCAGAGGAUCCAAACAACAGUCUACCCCUGGACUACUCAGAUAUUAGUAUAAAUUUGUCAGACUCUGAUGUACUUCAAGCAGCCAAUGACGCAACAGACUAUUUAUCGAAGUACACAGCGAUUACCAGUCAGGACCAGAGACAGAGCUACAAACAGGACUUUAACAAAGAGUACGGCGAAUACCGAGAGCUGCACGCUCGCAUCGACAGCGUGACGCAACAGUUUAUUGAACUGGGCUCGGAGCUCAAGCGGCUCCACCGCGGGUCCCACAAAGCCAAGAAAAUUCAUAAUCAGGUUCUUCAAGAGUAUCAAAAAAUUAAAAAGUCAAACCCAAAUUAUGGCCAAGACAAGAUUCGCUGUGAAUAUCUGCACAACAAACUUUCUCACAUCAAGAAGCUGAUAUCGGAGUAUGAUUUCCAGCAGCUCAGUAUGGACUCUUCCUCGUCCCACUGAUGAGACCGAAUUGGCAUGGGGCAAACUUGUCAAGUAGAAUAAAGUCCCUCAGGCAGGGGCGUGUCUCUCUGCAGAGCUGGAUUCCAUAAUCGCAGUUCAACAUCGGCCCACAGGACCUGCUGCCAACAUCAGUCUGGCCGAGCGUCACUGGGAGGGGCCUCAGUGGAACACUGUGAAAACGAGAAAAGCAGUAUAUCAACAGAUAGACGUGAACACAGAGUGACAAGUGUUACAAAGGCUUACUGUGCAAAACUAGACUCUCUGUCAUGAAACUGAUACAAGCAUAGUGCAGGUGCUAAGUCUAAAACAAGGAGAGGCACUCAGAGGAUGCUACAGCCACACUUCACAUAUGUUUAAUAAUUAAUUAUUUCUGAUUCUGUGAUAUAUUAAUAUAUGGAUCUGUGUGGCCUUGACAUUUGCCACAGGUGCGAAUCGAUCCUAUGACCUUCUCGCUGUGAGGCACCAGUGCUAACCACUAAGUCACCAUGCUGCCCAACAUUUGAUCAGUUCUCUUCAAAAUUUGACUAUCCUCCACUAACUACUCUUCCAACAUAUUGGCUCCAAACUCUUUCUGUUAAGUAGUAAUGAUGUAGAAUUUGACCUCUGUGUCCCCCGUGGUCAAAGGUUAUGUGACAUACAGAAAAGUGUUUGUAUGAUUUCAUGUUUAAUGGUAACCACAAAUUUAUCUUUAACUUAUUUCUUGAAAUGGGCAUUUUAAAUGAGUUUGACCUUUAAGGUUUACUGUAGAUGUUUCCUGAUUUACUGUAUGGUCAUGACACUUGGACACUAGCCAGUGAUUUAAAGUGUGAAACUCAGUUACUUGGAGACUCUGAGGAGCAUCAAUUUUGUGAAAGAACAUGAGUUACAACAUUUUGGCCACGUGGUGCUCAUCUUUUGGCGUGAUCCAGCACUAGUGCCUCUGUGUUGAGAAUCCUAUCACCUGCCAAAGACCGAAGGGAUGCCCACGAUUCACCUGGUGAUGGCAGAUGGAUAGUUACUUUCAAGAUGGACGUUGUUUGGCUGGCUGGUCGCCAUCCAAGACCCAAGGGUGUUCCAUGGUGCGGUUGAUAGUCAUCUGACCAACAGCAUGAUCGGGCUUGUUUUGUCAGUGUAUCUGUGACCAGACUCUUUAAAGUGUCACUCCAUGUGGUUCUGUUUUGCUUGCUCCUGUUUUUGCACAGGGUAACCACAACAGAUCUGGUGUGGGUCUGUAUGUUUAUUUGGUACAGGUUUCACACCAGAUGUCUUUAAUCCUACUCCCAGUUUACAGGGAAAUUGGAUCAUGGGUGGCUUUGAACCAGAAAUUGUGUUGUGGAGAGUCAAGAACCAACCACUGCUGCACUGUAGCCAUUCUGAAUAUCUCCUAUGUAUUAGCAUUGGGCAAAAAUUUUGAACCUGUCCUACGACCUUGAGUUAACAAAUUUUUUUUUUCCAUUGAAAUCGAUUUUAGAUGGGAUGACCUUCCUUCAUUCCAAAACGUUUGGUACAAUUACGAUGAAAAGACUAACUGACACACAGAGACCUGGAAACAGUACCCGUCCCCCAACAUGCACUACCACCACUUGUGUGUAAAAACAUCUUUGAUUGCCAUUUCCAUCACAUACAGUGCAUCUAAAAAAUAUUCAGAGGGCUUCACUUUUCUCACUUUUUCUUAUGUUUCACCUUUACUCAAAAAUGGAGUAAAUUCAUCAUGCAUAAGUAUUCACAGCCUUUGCUCACUACGUUGUUGAUGCACCUUUGGCAGCAGUUACAGCCUCAAGUCUUGAAUAUGAUGCCACAAGCUUG